AUGUCUUACUCACAAGCAUCUCAAUCCCACUACUCCUUCUGCGCUGAUUCAGAUCUAGGUCUAAAUACCGACCUUCUUUAUUCAGAUGAUAUCUCUGAGCUUAUUAGCAGCCAAACUCCAUUGACAUCUACGUCUCAAAUUUCAUCUCCGAUUGCACCCCUCUCGCUUACGCGUGUUGGCCUCCCUCUUCAGCAGUAUUGGGUCCUCUAUUCCUCUGAGCCUAGUAGCGAGAUGGAAGAAUCUCAUAAUACAGUCUUACAAGAUACCACGAGAGAGGCCCCGGAUGAUGAAUAUGGUGAUCUAGAUGCUGCUUGUGCAUCUCAAAACCAGCCCCAGGAUGAGCUCUCAAAGCCUGAAGAUGAUGAGAUCGCGAGGUAUCUUGCCCGCGGGAUUGAGAUUCAGAAGCCAAGAGCAUUCUGGAAAGACCAUGAGCUUGAGUUUCCUAUCCUUGCGAGGAUAGCACGGGAUAUUCUCUCGAUCCCAGCUAGUGGUGCAGGCGUUGAGCGAUUAUUCAAUUGCGCUCGCGAUAUCUGCCACUAUCGUCGCGGUCAAUUGAAACCAAGUACCAUCCGAGGAUUAAUGCUCCAUCAAUUCGCCACUAAUUUUGACGUUGAGCAGAAGGAGAUAGAGGUUAUUAAGGAGUAUCUCUCUAUUGGGGAAGCUGCGUUAUUAGACCAAGCUCGGAAACCAAUGCUCCAUCUUGAAACUCUUGAGCCAAUUAGUGACAACGAAGAGGAGGAUCAAGAGCCUAGCAUACAGGACACACAACAGAAGAGGAGCUGCAAUGAUGAUUCAGAUGAUGAGAGGAAUAAUGAUCAAAGUAAGCAAGUGCAGCGUAAGCGAUCAAAGAAACGAUUAUCUGAAUCUCUUGAUGAAGAUGACGAUGACCUUCCAGAAAUGCCAAUAGAUGAGAGCAUGCUGGGACGGUCAGGACGAAUUCGAAAGCAGCCUAGGUUACCUGAUGGAUUUCAGAUUGAUUUAAGGUAG